AAGACUCGAAAAUUUUCAAUCAGCCCUGGUGUCUUAGUAUAUUCAAGCUCAUAUUCCCUCAAUCAGCCAAUAGAGUAUCGAAAAUAUCAGAUUUACUAUUCUUACAGUCUUUGGAGAUUUUGUGAUUGUGUCUUCCUCUACAGAGGUUAGUGCUUGGUUUUUAUUUAUUUAUUUCGCUUGGCGAGGUUAAUUCAUUAAAUAAUUCAUUUAUUGAGAUAUUUAAUUCAAGAUGACAGGAUGGUUUAAAUUUCUUGAUUAAGUAAGACAGACGCAAGUCAAAGUUAUUUUAUUGAUUCAUUUAGGCACCAGACGAGUUGAGGUGUUUAUGGUAUCAUGUUUAAAUUGUCAGCGUGCACCUCUGAAAUUCGUGGUUCUUUCACAUUAGCUUGUCGUGUCUUGUUAUAAUAUGUCAUGUGGUGCUCAUGAUGUGUAAUGUGGUGCUCGCGAUAAUUAAAGUGGUGCCAUUGAUUAUGUUAUGCGAUGCUUGUAAUACCUUGUGGUGUUUAUGUGAAGAUUUAAAAAAAAAUAUUUUCACUCAGUAAUGAUGCAUGGAUAAUUAUAAAUUCUUGGAAUAUAAUUUGCCUGCAUUAUGAUCUCAGAUUAUAUUUAUAAGUUUCUUAAAGCGCAUAUUUAUUUAUUUAUUAACCUUUUCCAUUUUGCUUUACUGCCCAAUAUUCGGCUAAUUUGAAUUACUGUAAUCCAUUUGUUUUAGAAAUUUACCAGACAUGGACUUUUCAAAGCUUUGCAAGGAGUACUGUAAUGUCUAUGAUGUUCCAGGUAUAUAUUUUUAAAAAAAAUUAAUACUCGCAUAUUAUACUAAAUUUUAACUAUUCAUACAAUUUUUUUUCUUUGAAUUGUACUUUCAAAUAUUAGAAUAAAUUCAUAUGGUAGGAGACUCUCAGAGUGCUGGUGACCUGUCAAAGUAGUUGAAUUUGAAAUACUAAACAAAUCUCUUUUAAAAAUGUAGACAUGACGUCACCAAGUUUUGGUUAAUAGGCCUAUUCACGUAUGAAGUUUCUACACUUCUCAUUCAAUAUUUAAUUAACUGCCCCACCCCACCCCACACACACACCCUUUUCUAUCGCUCAUUGCAGGUGAACCCAAUCUUGACCUGCUCAAAUUGUCCAUUGAUGGUGACGUCACGUGGACCAACGUCACACCUCAGUUGGCGUCCCAAGAAGCUUCAACAAGACAGGUCAGUGUUUACGGCUUAUGUUUGGGCAUUCACUCAUUCGCCUUUUUCAUUUUUUAGAAACUUAUUAUUUCAUUCUUUUUUUUUUCUUCUUCGUUAUUUUAUCUGUAUAUGUAGUUGUUAUUUUUUCUGUAGAUGUUGUCGUUAUUUUAUCUGUAUAUGUUGUUGUUAUUGUAUCUUUAUAUGUUUUUUUUUUAUAAAUAUCUUUUAUAAUAAAUAAUAAAGCCUUUUUAGUUAUUUCUUUUUUGACAAAGCUGCAUCCAACAUAGCGCCCGCGGGCACCAUUAGUUCUAUGGUCACAUGCUUUCAUACCGACCGCGGGCACCAUUAGUUCUAUGGUCACAUGCUUUCAUAGCGACCGCGGGCACCGUACGUUCUAUGGCUAAAUGCUUUCAUAGCCCGCGAGCCCCAUACAUUUAUAGCGCCCUUAACAAUAUUUUUUGAAUAUCAUGUUAUUUGUUAAAAUAUAAUAUACAGUGACAAUCUUCACAAAUCUCCUAGACUUCCACAGCAGUAAGUCGAGGGGCAGCCAGACAGCACAGUUAACCUUAACCUUUUGCCAUGCAGCACUGUUAAACAUUAAUUUAUGUUGUUCCCAGUUAAACGUGAUGUACACACCAAACCAGAGAGAGCUCUACAGCGAUGUGGAGACAACCAAGGAGUCCGUCUGCAAGACCAAGGUGACAAUUCUUCAGGGCGUAGCGCCAGGUGAGUUGUAGCCAGCAGAAUGUAUAGAUAAAUGCAGUUAGAUGAAAUUGAGAUAGCUGACAUAUAAAGCUAUAGGAGCUGUACCUUGUUAAGACAAAGAACGCGUAAAGGUUUUGAAAAUCCAUAUCUUAAAGGCAGAUUACUCUUUAUUAGCCAAAUAUGGAAGACCUUUAAGACUGGUUCUUAAAAAUUCUACUGUAAAUAUAUAUAUAUAUAUUUUUUUUGGUAUCAAUUAUGAUCCCUGUGUAAUGUAAAACUUCCACAAUGUCAAAUGUACCGUUAAAUAUCAUAUCAUGUAUCAAAUCUAAAAUCAUUUCACGGUCGACUGAUGUCUCUGCUUCAGGUCUGAACAAACCACUGAAAGUUCCAACAUCGAAUCUGCCACCUUCCUUGGGGACAUACGUCGAGCUACAGCCAGGGAAAUCAAUCCACGAGAAAGAGGACAAGAUGACCGUUAGGUUGGGCAGCGCUCACAGAAUGGACAGCAGCAGACCGGCCCUGGCCACAGUCUCGGACAAAGAAACCUAUUUCAUUGGUAGGUCGAGUUCUUCAAAUCAUUGUGCUUCAGUGCAUGAUUAGGCCAAGUCGCUAAAAUAAAAAUGGUUAACUGCAUGAUUAGGUCAACUCGCUAAAAUACAAAUGUUUUCCUUUUAUUUGAAUGUAGACAAACCACUUUUUAAGAAAUUUCUAAAUGCCGAUUAUUCUGAUCGUUCAUUAGAAACAUUUCCAAAUCAAAUAUGUCAGUGACAUUUUAAGACAGUAAAUCAAAUAUGUCAGUGACAUUUUAAGACAGUAAAUCAAAUAUGUCAGUGACAUUUUAAGACAGUAAAUCAAAUAUGUCAGUGACAUUUUAAGACAGUAAAUGAAAUAUGUCAAUGACAUUUUAAGACAGUAAAUCAAGUAUGUCAGUGACAUUUUAAGACAGUAAAUCAAAUAUGUCAGUGACAUUUUAAGACAGUAAAUCAAAUAUGUAGGUGACAUUUUAAGACAGUAAAUCAAAUAUGUCAAUGACAUUUUAAGACAUUAUGUGAACGAAUACAUAGAUGAUAAUUGCAGUGCUUAGUUUUAAAGUGCAAUAUUUUUUUUUAAAUACUGCAUUACUGGUUUAAAUUAUAUUAAUUUAAUCAAGGAUAUUUGACUAAAACAAUUGCCGUUUUUUUUUUCCAAAGGUCGUUUUUCCUGUCAAGUCAAACUUGGUGGUAAAGUCUUAGUUCCACACCGAAAUGGCGCUGUUGAGGAAUUUGGAAUAGCAGACAUUGUCAAAGAUGUCAGGCGUUGGCCAGCGGCUAGCAAGCAAUCCGUGGAGGAUGAUGUCAAGGCCCUCAAGAUCCUGAAUGGUUCCGAUGGUGCAGCUGAGUAUGUCACGUGGACCGUUGCUGGCACGUGCGAGUUCCAGGGAGAUUUUGAACGGACCAUCCAGUGGAAAUAACUCUUUGCGAUUUUAUUUGUAUUUAUAUAGCUACAUGUAUGCUUACAUUGUUGGUGAUUGUUAUAAAAAGGGGGAAGGGGGGAAUAUAAAAAUAAAUAAUGGUGAU